CACUUCACAGAGAUGUUAUUCGAUAGCGACGAAACUUAACUGAAAGAUUCCCUUCUUCUGUUACGUUCGCUCUCUCUUUAACCUGUUUGCGCGACGAAAUUCUCCUACCAUUCAACUGCAAUGCUCUUGGAUUUUUGAUUCUUGGCGUUAAUUCUCUCCGUUUUUUUGCUCAUCGUCAAUGGCGCUGAAUAAAGGAUCGGUUUCUGAUUUGGCUAAGCACGAGGAUGAAGGAGUUAAUGGCGGUGCUGGAAGAUAUAGGUUCUUUUUGGCUCUUCUCGUCCUCCUCUCCGCUCUUGCGCCCUUGCUUUUUGUAGUCGUCAGCGGCUUCUGUACUACUGGUGAAGGGGUUGCUUCAAAUAGUCCAAGCAAAGGGGUUCUUGAUGAUAUUGCAGCCCGCACAAACAACACAGGAACUAUUAAUAUCAAGUCCAAAGAGAAAAAUAAUUUGAUCCUAACAUGGAAAUUGGUUGGGGUGGACGCCGCAGUUGUUGCGAUUUCCUUACCAAGCCAAACGGCUGUAGCUCCGAGAAGUGGAACCCACCAGAUGGAAGGCAACUACUCUCUGGGUGCAGCCAGAAGGAUAGUAAGAGAAGAGCGAUACGAAAAUCAAUUGGUGGAGAUGGAAAUGGUUCAGCAGGAUGAUGAUACCAUUGUAAAACUUGAGAAUGCUAAUAUGCAAGCCUCUGAAUUAGUUAACUCCUCGAUUCUUGAAAAAUACAGUACAUGGAAGAAGGAAAAUGGAAACAAGAACCGAGUUUCAACCAUACGUCUAAUGCGAGACCAGAUUAUUAUGGCAAGAAUAUAUUUGAGUGUAUCGAAAAAGAAAAUGAAACAGGGGUUGCGUCAACAGCUCUUAGUUUGUCUCAAAAGGAGUCGUCGUGCCCUAGGAGAGGCAAAUGUUGAUGCUGAGUUGCAUUCCAGUGCGCGCAAGAGAAUAAAAGAAAUGGCUGCUGUUCUUUCCAAGGCGAGAGAUGAACUGUUUGAUUGCGAGUUCGUGACCAGGAAAUUGAGAGCAAUGCUUCUAACUGAAGAGGAAAAGAUUAGAAGGUUGAAAAGGCAAAAUACAUUUCUCACUCAAUUGGGAGUUAAGGGUAUUCCAGGUGGUAUUCGCUGCCUGUCCUUGCGCCUUACCGUUGAUUACUACCUUCUGCCUCCGGAGAAGAGAGAGCUCCCUAAAAGUGAAAACUUGGAAAAUCCAAAACUUCACCAUUAUGCGCUCUUUACAGACAACGUGUUGGCUGCAGCAGUCGUUGUGAACUCAACCGUAAUGAAUGCUAAGGAUUCCUCAAAACAUGUAUUCCACCUAGUUACUGAUGAUCUCAACUAUGGAGCAAUGAAAAUGUGGUUUCUCUUAAAUCCUCCAGAAGAAGCCACGAUCCACGUUGAAAAUUUAGAUGAACUAAAGUGGCUGAACUCAUCCUAUUGCCCAGUACUCCGCCAGCUCAAAUCUGCAGCAAUGAGAGAAUAUUAUUUCAAGGCAGGACGUUCAACCACUGGUUCAUCUAGUGCUUCUAGUUUGAAGUACAGGAACCCAAAAUAUCUCUCAAUGCUCAAUCAUCUAAGGUUCUAUCUACCUCAAAUUUAUCCCAAGUUGGAUAAGAUUUUAUUUCUGGACGAUGACAUUGUUGUCCAGAAAGAUUUGACUGGGUUGUGGCUCGUGGACCUGGAGGCAAAAGUCAACGGUGCCGUGGAAACCUGUGUUGACAAUUUCCAUCGUUUUGACAAGUACCUUAACUUCUCAAACCCUCAUAUCGCUAGGGAAUUCGAUCCGAAUGCGUGCGGUUGGGCUUAUGGAAUGAAUAUAUUUGAUCUCAAGGAGUGGAAGAAGAAAGAUCUCACUGGCUUAUAUCACAUCUGGCAGAACUUGAAUGAAGAAAGGCUGCUUUGGAAGCUGGGAACAUUACCUCCAGGUUUGAUGACAUUUUACGGGCUGACAUAUUCCCUGGAGAAGUAUUGGCAUGUGCUUGGUUUGGGUUACAACCCAAAUAUCAACCCAUCGGACAUAGAAAAUGCAGCUGUUAUUCACUAUAAUGGCAACAGGAAGCCAUGGAUGGAGAUGGCCAUUACGAAGUAUCGCCCAUACUGGACAAAGUACAUUGACUACGACCAUCCUUAUCUUAGCCACUGCCACUUCAUAAAAUGAAACUAAGAA